AUGCCUGUAGGGCUAUCUGCAGUUCUUGAGCUUGAUGACAAAUAUGCUAGUCCAGUUCACAUAGCUGCAGAUCUGCUUUCUCAGCUGUCAACUGUCAUGGUUGCAUACGGAAUGGAGUUGUAUUCUGAAUUGUGCACAGUGACAUAUGAGCCUGGAAAUCUAGAUGUUGCAUUGAAUUUCCGUGAUAUUUUGCUGCAUAGUCAGGUUCUUGAAGGCAUAACAAUGUCUAUGAUUAGGGGGAACACCUGUAAUGGAGCUGAUGAUUGCUGUUGGAAAGGGUUUUCAAUAUAUAUAAUGAAGGAAGAGCAAACAAUUCUGCAACGCCUCGAUGUUGCAACUAAGGCUCUGCAUUGGCCUAUUGGUGUUCAUGGUUGGUAA